AUGGCUUCAAUUGCACGAAGUUUAAGGCCAGUGGCCUCCCGGCUUGCGAUGACGGCGAGGGUGAGCGGAAGGGCCGCAUCAUGGCAAGCGUCUUCACUCGGACUGCGCUCCUUCUCUGCGUCGAAGACUGUCCAGGUUAAAAAGUACACUAAAGACCACGAAUGGAUCGACCUUUCAGAAGAUGGCAAGACUGGCGUCAUCGGAAUCUCUGACUACGCAGCUCACGCUCUUGGUGAUGUCGUCUAUGUCGAGCUCCCAACCGUGCCAAUGGAGGUUGCGGCAGGCGAUUCGAUUGGAGCGGUGGAGUCUGUAAAGUCUGCUUCGGACAUCAACUCCCCCAUCAGCGGCACUAUCACGGCAGUAAACAGCCUACUGGAGGAGAAACCAGGGACUAUCAACAAGGGACCCGAGGAUGAGUCCUCCGCAGGUGGUUGGAUGGCAAAAAUCGAGGUCGGCGACGCUGGAAUCAAGGACAUGGAUGGCUUGAUGGACGCAAAACAGUACAAGGAAUUCACCGAGGAGUAA